GGAGCUGGGCGCCGGGGCCGCGGGGCGCGGGCGGCUCGGGCUCGGUUCUCCCUCCAUUCCCCGGGAUCGCGGCGGGCUCGGGCGGCGGCAGGAUGGCGGCUGGGCUCCUGCCCCUGCUCCCGCUGCUGCUGCUGCUACCGGGCCGGGGGCCGCCGGGGGCUCUGGGCAACCGGCACGCCGUGCACUGGAACAGCUCCAACCCGCACCUGCGGCGGGAGGGCUACACGGUGCAGGUGAAUGUCAACGACUACCUGGACAUCUACUGCCCUCACUACAACGCCUCGGUGCCCGAGCACCGGCUGGAGCAGUACGUGCUGUACAUGGUGAACGCGGAGGGCUACCGCACCUGCAACACCAGCCAGGGCUUCAAGCGCUGGGAGUGCAACCGGCCCCACGCGCCCCACAGCCCCAUCAAGUUCUCGGAGAAGUUCCAGCGCUACAGCGCCUUCUCGCUGGGCUACGAGUUCCGUGCGGGGCAGGAGUACUACUACAUCUCCACGCCGACACACAACCACCACCGGGCCUGCCUGAAGAUGAAGGUGUUCGUCUGCUGCGCCUCCACGUCGCACUCCGGGGAGAAGCUGGCGCCCACCCUGCCCCAGUUCACCCUGCGGCCCGAGGUGAAGAUCGAGGACCUGGAAAACUUCAACCCGGAGAUGCCGAAGCUGGAGAAGAGCAUCAGCGGCACCAGCCCCAAGCGGGAACACUUGCCCCUGGCCGUGGCCGCCGCGCUCUUCCUCAUGACGCUGUUGGCCUCGUAGCUCCCGGUGCCCGCGGGGGCCCGGCCAGCGCCGCUCCGCCGAGCGCGGCCCCCCAGACCUGCUGCCCCUCGUGAGAGCCAGCGGGCAACCACCGCGGGACCACCACCCCCUGUCCGGAGAGCCGCCCGCAGAGCUGCCCCGCGGGGCAGGGAUCAUGGCACGCACCGAUCCGGCCGGACUCGCCUUCCGUCCCGCCAGCGGAUGCGGCCACGUCCGCAGGGAUGCGGCUGGGUUGCCCCGCACCUCCCGCCGACACCGUCCCGGGGCGCGGGGUUCCUCCCGCAGCCCCCCCGGUGCCCCGUGGCUGCCCCGUGGCUGGGGGGCAGCGCCAGGAGGGGGAGCCCGGUGAGAGCAGGGACCCCCGGGGCCGGGCAGUCUGUACAUACCCAUAUAGAUCUAUACAUACUGUACAGAGAGCGACUACAGAGAUAUAUCUAUACUGUACCAUAGGCAGCGGCGCCGGCCCCGGGCUGGCUUGUACAUAGUCGAACGUGUUGGAUUUUCCUCGUCUUCCGUGAAGACCCGACCUAUGCAAACGCACAGACACUUUUUGGGGAAAAACAAAAGAAAACAAACAAAAAAAAACCAUUCUCGACCUUUUUUUCAAGUGCUUUGGCUGGUGAUUUUCAUAUUCUGCUCUUAGUCUAUUAAAAAAAAAUAAUAAAAGGAUAAAAAAACGGACCCCUGUCACGGUGGCGUGCAGCGCUCCCAGCCCUCCGAGGGGCUCUGGCCCCCGAGGGGGCUCCGGCCGGGACAGGGGUUCAGGAGAGGGCUGACCUCCACCGUGCCACCCGCAUUGUCCAGCCACGGGCUCGGUGCCGCAGGCAGGGGGAUGCAGGGUGCUCCCCACCACUGGCUCUGCCCCCCAUCGGCCCCCCAGCACCGACACGGA